AUGCCAACCUUAAGCAUUGCACAAUUUUGUAAGAAUUUUGAGCAUGUCGUGGAGGAUAAACGGUAUAACGAACUAAAGUGUGAUUUUGAGGCACGCCAAAAAUUGCCUAGGUUGAGGUUGGAGAGUUCUCCCAUGUUACAGCAACUUUCUAAGAUUUAUACUCCAUCCGUUUUUGAUCUGUUUCAGAAUGAGUUCAUCUUGUUUGCAGCUGCAUAUAUAGAGCAUAAAGAUGAGUCAGGAUCAUUAUUCGAAUAUGUCAUCAAACUAAUCAAUCAUGAUGGAGAAUGGAGGGUGACCUAUGAUCCUAAUACAAAGAUGAUUCAUUGUAGUUGCCGAAGGUUUGAGAUGAUAGGAUUGAUAUGUUGUCAUUCUGUGAAAGUGUUUGAUGUGUUAGACGUGAAGUUGCUUUCGGAGAAUUACAUUCUUAAAAGAUGGACAAGAGAAGCUAGAGCUGGUGUAGUGCACGACUAUGUAGGCAAUGAAGUUGAAGAAAAUUCUAAAUUGCAAAGUGCUGAGCGGUAUAGGAGACUAUGUCAAAUGCUUAUAAGGUUGGCUAAUGAAGCUUCUGUUCACCAAUCAACCUUCUCCUUGGUGCAUGAAACGAUGUCUGAUCUCUAUAAAAAGGUAAUGGAAAUGCGUUCAAAAGAAGAUGACCAAGAAAAUAGGAGCAAUGCGAAGAUUUCCCCAGUUGUUUCUCAUAUGAUGGUAUCAAAAGGAUUCAAGAAAAAGGUUGUUGGAGCACAAAAUUCAUUGCAUGUUGCAAGUCCAACACUUCCAACAUCUAAUGCAUGCCUUGAAAGGACUGGAAAUUAUUUAAGUUUCACUGAAUUGUUAACGGCACCAUUAGAUCAAACCUUAUAUUCUGUUGAUGGAACAAAUUCCAGCAUAACAAGCAGAACAAGCAGCUUAAGUCCAAGAUGCAUUGAAUGGAGCUCUGGAGGCAUAUCUAGCAUCAACUAUCAAGAUCAAGAUCAUUGA